AGAUUUUAGACUUUUUCUGGACAAAUGGGUUUGGGCAGAGUAUACCGUUCGUAUUCACUGAACUUGAAACGCGGAGUAAUUGAGGAAGAAGAGUCACGGUUAGGAUUCGUUAGAUGUACGCUUGGAUUAGGGAGGAAAAGGGUUGGGAUUUCAAAUGAGAUGGAGGAAAUCACGCCUGCAACCAAAGUUCCAUUCCUGAAAAGGCAAUGCAGCGAGAGGAUUGUGACGAAGCUGUCAGCUGAUUAUUGCCAUGAAAAAUCUGCUCUCGAAUCACUUCCUCAAGAUGUUCUUAUUAGGAUUAUUUGCGGUGUCGACCAUGAAGAUUUGAAGCAACUUUUUUAUGUUUCUAAAUCAAUCAGAGAAGCUACUGUCAUUGCAAAGCAGUCUCAUUUUGCUUAUAGCACACCAAGAAAGGUGAAAGCUUUUCGAACAUCCAUAGAUUUCGAGGAAUCAAGUGAAUCGGACGACAUUGAAGCUCCAAAUGCACCAAGGCAACGGAAGUCUCAUACGUCCAUCAACAGGAAGAAACUUGCUGAUAAUGGCACUAUCUGCUUGACACGGAAGAGAUUGUAGAUAUAGCUUGUGGAAGCAGCCAGCAGUAGUUGUUGUAGAUUAAAAAGGGGUUGAUUAGUGGAUCUGGUCGUCGGGUCUUUGUCCAUGUGUAAGAUUCUUGACAAGCAAUUUCUUCAAAUGUUUCGUUGAAGAUAUAGGUUGUUUGUAUCUUUAUGUACAUGAGAGAAAGAAAGGGAGAGAGAAUCCAGAUUCGGGUUUUAUUUGUUUUGGAGGGCUACCUUUAACCCUUCUGAUGUGAUAAAGUUGAGAUUGGAAAGGACAUGUUUCCAAUAAUAUCAUAAAUUUAGAUAUUUCCUCGU